CUUUUCCAGGAAACGUAGAAGUGUUACAACACGCGAUUCCUGCUGCUCAAUGAGUGAUGUCAUAAAAUCAAAAAAUCCCCAAGCUGUGUAAGUAUAUAAAGGUUCUAACAAUCCUCCAAGUAAGAGACUGAGCCAGCUCAUAAGCAGAGUCUUUAAUCAGAUCUUAACAUGGAAAGCAAAUAUCUGACAAUCCUGUGUGUUCUGCUCAUCUCUGCAGCUCUAACAGAAGGUAACACAUUAAAAAAAAAACCUUUGACAAUGCAAAUUUUGUUGCAAUUAUAUUCAUUGUAUUUUUGACAGGCAAUUAUUUAAUUAUCUUUUGUUUUUUUUCCCACAAGGAUUUGCUUACCCCCAUCAAGGACAACGCUGUCUGUGUGAGAAAACGGUUAAGAAACUGAAGCUUAAGAAAGUUUCACAAAUUGAACUUUUUCCAAAAAGCGCAACUUGUUCAAAUAUCGAAGUUCUGUAAGUAAAUAUUGUAUUAUUGUGAAUGUCAGCUAUCGAACAUCUUAACAAUAUGAUAAUGUCAUGAUAAUAUAGAAAAUAAUGAGGUUUUUUUACACUAAAGUGAAUUUAAAGGUAAAACAGUCGAACCUUUCAAAAUGUUUUUCAUUUGGCUGUUUUAGUCUAAAAUUAAAAUUUCACUUUAAAUCCACUCUGAAUUCCUCACUAUUCACAGUUUAGAAAAUAGCCCUGUAAAAGUGUUUUAGCAAAGUGAUGGCUCACUAUUGCUGAUGCUUUUCAGCUAUAUGUCCUAAGAUGCUUUAUUACUGUUGACACACAUAUAAAGUGCCAAAUUAUUCCACCACUUCUACAGCGUAAAGCAGUGCUCCUUAACCCUCUCCUCAAGGCACACCAAACAGUCCAGGAUUUAGGGAUUACUCGGGUGUCUAAGACAAAAAUCACAGACCCAUUUAGGAAUGUAUUCUACAGCUAUAGCGUGCUAGUGCACAAGUUAUCUCCAUAAUAACAAAACAUAUUGCAGACGUUUGUAUAAUUUUCUAAAUCUGUUCUUAGGGUAUUCUGGUCAGCCAGACAGUUUCAGGGUUAUUCAGUAAAGUCCAUUCAUGUACUGAAGUGAUAUCCAAGUGGCAAAAUUCAAGCUAAAAUAGCAGAGCAGAGCUGUGGUUUUAGACAUUUUGGAGGUUUUUCCCAAUCAGCACUUUUUGUCUGAAUUUUGUAAUUUGAUAUUAAAUUCACUACAAUUCCGUGAUACGUCACAAAACCCCUUGGGUCCUCCAGGUGUCAAUAUAAUCCUUACGAGGCACUUGUAUAAUGACUAAUUAUAAUGUCCAGAUGUAGACUAUAUCAUAGAUCUUUUAAAUCACUUUCACCGACACACUUUAAUAGAUAUUUGCAAUAAAUUAUGUUAAGGCAGAGCAUAGAAUGUAUUGGAUAUACAUCUUUGAAUAUUACAAAGAUCAAUGUUUUUAUAUUAGAAUAAUCUGAAAAGUAUUUUAGUGAUACAUUUUCCUUUAAAACACAGCAUGCUUCCAUAAUAUAGAAGCAAAUAAGUCACCCAUCUUCUACUAUUUUUUGUUUGGUUUCAUAUUAUUUGCUAAUUUUAAUAUCCAUAUUAUUAUUGUUUUAGGGCUACCAUGAAAUCCGGCAAGAAAAAAAGUAUAAUUUGCAUUGAUCCCAACAUAAAACUGGUAAAGGAAAUCAUUGCUGGAAAGAAAAAGUAAGUAUAGUUUGAUAGAAAAUUGUGUUUUAAUCUGUAAUAAAAACAUUAUAAGACAACACGCAUCACCUAAUGAUUCACACUUGUUUUAAUUCACAAAAAUGAUCACAGCUAUCUAUUUCCAGCCCGUGCUGCUUUAAUUAAAUCAAGGUUCUAUUUUGUAAGAAAAGAUUGUUUUCUGUAAAUUGUCACUAUGGGGAAUACAAUGGGAGUUUGGUGUCCAGUCAAUAAAAAUUAAAACUAUAUCAUACUGAUAAAUAAUUUAUUUUUUAAAUGGUGAAAUAAAGCUAUAGUGAAAUAUUAAAUUGAUACUAGUAACUAAUCUUUCAUAUGAUGUUUUCCAUAGGAACGUAAAAGUGAUAAAUCAUCUUUCAAAGCAAGGGUAAUUUACAAUAUCUACAAAUUGAAGAAGAACUUGAUAUACUGAAGGCUGAAGACUGCGGAAUUCUUAUGUGGAAUGAUUUGCAUUCUUGGUGCACUGUAAAUUUAUCAUUUUUGACCAUGCACAUUUUAGUGUUGGAUUCAAUUUGUAAAUACUGUGAUAAGGGUUGUUGUUUGUUACCUACAAUCCAAGGAAGGGUUUGCCAAUGCUGGAUAUCGCAAAGAUUAUCAAAGUGGGCUUUGGUAUCUCUGCACAUCAGCAUAGAGCUGCCAGAUUGGGACAACAUUCUAAAAGUGGAACAAUCCCUAUAGAAUGCAGUGAAAUUUGAAAAAACAUUCUGUUUGUUUCCAAUGUGAUUGAUCUACUUGUAAAGAUUGAAAUUAGUUUUCUGUUAUUGACCAUUUCAUAACUUUACCCCAGGGGGUAAUACAUCUGUAAAUACUGGAACAUAUGUCAUUCUGAGAGACAAAUGUCUGCUAAAUUCUAUAUUUUUAUACCUGUAUAUUUUUAUAAUAAAACAUGACUUAUUA